AUGAGCUCCAGCUCUGACGACGAUCGCCCUCUGGCGAGGGCCAACGGACAUCGAUCAUCUAUAGUCUCGUCGGCCAGGAUUUCUCGCGCCGAAGACGCUGCCAUGGAUCAGCCAGUUCCUGAGGAAGCCGCCAAGAUGGCCGGACUGUCAGUUCGAAAUGGUCCUCUGGUAGACACGAUGGAUGUCGACGAGCCAAGCAUCAACGGGUUUUCGAAACGGAAGUCGCGAAACUCGAUCACCAAGGUCAAUUAUAAGGACAAUGAGUCGAGUGAUGAUGAUGCUCCUUUGGCCAAACGCCAGAAGCAGACCAGCAGAGUGGUCGAGUCAGAUUCGGACGACCAGCCGAUCGCGAAGGCAAGGGGAAAGAAGCUCCCCCCUUCCUACAAGGAAACCGCCCUUCCCGAGUCCUCCGGCGACGACGACGAGCCUCUUAGCAUAAAGCUCGCGCAAAAGAAGGCUGCCUUCGAGAAGUCGGCUGAGAAGCAAGCAAAGGCGAUUCGAGCCAAGGAGCGGGCCAAAAAGCCUGUACCCAAGAAGGCUGUUAAGGAAGAGUCCGAUGACGAUGUGUCUCUCGCUCGAUCUACUGCUACCAAACGUCAAUCCAACGGAACUGCGGCAAAGCGAAAGUCGAACGGCGUGAAAAAGGAGGAAUCGGAUUCCGAUGCUCCUAUCUCUAAGAAGGCUAAACCUGCCGCGUCCGCCAGGAAGGCCGUCCAGGCGGAGUCGAGAAAGGCCAGUGAGAGUGACGAUGAAGAAGAAUCCGCGUGGUGGAACGCGCCAAAGAAGGAAAACGACGAUAUCAAGUGGAAAACUCUGGAGCACAACGGUGUUCUGUUCCCACCAGAGUACGAGCCGCUGCCUAAACACGUCAAGAUGCUAUACGAUGGGCAGCCGGUCAACCUUUCGAUUGAAGUCGAAGAAGUUGCUACUUUCUGGGUCGCUAUGAUGACUUCUGGGUCAACGCAUCACCUCGACAACCCGGUCUUUCGCAAGAAUUUCUUUACCGAUUUCAAGGAGUAUUGCGACAAGUACGGUGUGACAGAUCCUCAAGGGAAGAAGGUCACCAUCAAGUCACUCGACAAGUGUGACUUUUCCAAGAUGUGCGAUUACUGGUCUGGAAAAGUCGAACGAAACAAGACUAAGAACAUGACCAAAGAAGAGAAAGAGGCUGCUAAGGCGAAGAAAGAGGCUCUUGAGGCUCCCUUCACUCACUGCAUUUGGGAUGGCAAGAAGCAAAAGGUUGGCAACUUCAGAGUCGAACCUCCAAGUCUUUUCCGUGGUCGUGGUGAACAUCCCAGGACUGGCAAGGUCAAAAAGCGUGUCCUACCCGAGCAAAUCACCAUCAACAUUGGCAAAGACGCCAAAGUUCCAGAGCCCCCCAAGGGCCACAAGUGGAAGGCCGUGCAGCACGAUCAGAAGGCAACUUGGUUGGCCAUGUGGCAAGAGAACAUCAACGACAACUACAAGUACGUCAUGCUUGGAGCUGAUAGCGAUAUCAAGGGUCAAAGUGACUUCAAGAAGUUCGAAAAGGCUCGAGAACUCAAGAGGCACAUCGAUAAAAUUCGCCGGGACUACACCAAAGAUCUCAAGAGUGAGAUAAUGGCAGAUCGUCAGCGAGCCACCGCCAUGUAUUUCAUUGACAAACUCGCCCUUCGAGCUGGAAACGAAAAGGAUACAGAGAACGAGGCCGACACUGUGGGUUGCUGCUCUCUCAAGUACGAGCAUAUCACACUUGAGCCUCCAAACAAGGUCACGUUUGAUUUCCUGGGAAAGGACAGUAUUCCCUACCGAGAGACUGCUAUUGUUGAGCCACAGGUCUUCAAAAACUUGAAACUUUUCAAGAAGGCGCCCAAGUCUAACGGAGAUGAUCUCUUCGACCGUUUGAAUACCUCUCAAUUGAACAAGCACUUGAACAGCUACAUGAAGGGGUUAACUGCCAAGGUCUUCCGUACUUACAACGCUUCCUGGACAAUGUCAGAGCUGCUCAAAAAGCUUGCAAGUGACCCACGCUCUCGCGGCACCGCUGCCGAAAAGGUGAAGCUGUACAACGAUUGUAAUCGUGAGGUUGCCAUUCUGUGUAACCAUAAGCGAACUGUUGGCGCCAGCCACGAGCAACAGAUGGCCAAGCUAGGGGACAGAAUCAAAGGCCUCCGAUACCAGCAAUGGCGAACCAAGAUGAUGGUUCUGGAUAUUGAAUCAAGUUAUAAGAAGAAGAAAGGCGCCGCCUGGUUCGAGAAGGAUGGGGAGUUGGACGAUGAGUGGAUCAAGGAGCAUCAACAAUUCCUUCUCGAAGAACAACGUACGAAGAUCAGCAAGAAGUUUGAAAAGGACAACGAGAAGCGCAAGGCAGACAAGGAGAGGCCUCUACCCGAAAAGGAGCUCAAGGAACGACUUCAAGUCGUCAAGGAGAUGGAGACCAAGUUCAAGAAAGAGAACAAGACCAAGAAGGUCGAUGCAGAAGGCCGAGGUGUCACCGUUGAUAAGCUUCUGAAGGCGGUGGAUAAGUUCGACGAGCGUAUCAAAACAUUGAAGCUCCAGGCCGAAGAUCGCGAUGGCAACAAGGAGGUGGCCCUCGGUACCUCCAAAAUCAACUACAUUGAUCCUCGCCUCACUGUCGUCUUCUCCAAGAAGUUCGAUGUUCCGAUCGAAAAGUUCUUUUCCAAGACUCUUCGGGACAAGUUCCGAUGGGCUAUCAAGUCCGUUGAGAACGAAGAUGACUGGACCUUCUAA